GUUGAACGGGUCAAAGAGAUGAACAACAUGUCGAGCAAGAAAAUGGAGAAUUCACAGAAGCCCAUGCUUCUUUUUUUAGGGAUAUGCAUUUUCUCAUUGCAGUGGAUGCUGACCCAUCAGGAAGUCAAUGUGGCCUUAGGAGGAAUAGCAACACAAUCUUCUGUAUACAGUUAUUACCCUGCUUACUUUGCUAUUGAUGGCAACAGAGAAUCUAACGCUUAUCUCCACUCAUGUACACACACAAAUUAUGACUAUAAGCCAUGGUGGAGGGUGGAUUUGUUGGCGGUGUAUGAUAUUAGCAAUGUAAUCGUCACUAACAGAGGGGACGCCGUUCCAGAACGGAUAAAUGGUGCAGAGAUUCGCAUUGGAAACUCCUUGGUCAACAACGGCAACAAUAACCCCAGAUGUGUCGUUAUCUCUAGCAUCCCUGCUGGUGCCUCUGUAAAUUACACCUGCAAGAUGACGGGUCGUUAUGUGAACAUCAUCAUUCCCAAUGUUAGCCAGUUUCUCACGCUCUGUGAAGUGGAAGUCUACGCGGUUCCAGUGCCUGUUACUAAGAGGGCAUUUCUGAGAUUGAAGUUUAACAGCAUUGAGGAUCUCAUGAACCCUACCGUGAGGGACAAAGUUCUUCAAAAGGUGAUAUCUGUCAAUGUCCGGCCAUCAGUAUAUCAGAUCCGUUGGACAAAGCAACCAGAACGGAAAACUGAACUUUGAAAAAUGGUAGCAGAAAUAUAUCUUAAACAAGAUAAUGAAGAAGAAGAAGAAGUAGUCAAAGAAAAAGACCAUCAAAUGUGUGAGGUUUGGGUGUAGCACUUGGAACUUGAUGUCAUAUAUUUAUUAAUUAGAAGUACUAGAAGUUUUUUAGUUUGUUUGUUUGGGAAAUGUAUCUAUGAAAUAUUAUUACUACAGGGUUCAUACAAGGUGUUUGCAUUUGGCUUUCUGAAAUUGAAGUACUGGAAAACCUUGAAAAUAGCCAUUUUUUAUGUAACAGUGCUUAAAAAGUGCUUGAAUGAUAAAAAGACAAUGAAUACCAAAUAGUUAAAUAACUUAAAGGGUUUAUUUUCGAUAGAAUACAAUCCUUUCACUCAAAAUAUAACUCCCCGCUGCAGCCUCUCCCUCUCUUACUCCCAUUGUUCACUCACUCAUUUUAACAGAGACAGCUCCGGUCCACUUCUCAGACCCCUUUAGCAACUUUUUUCAAAAAGCACCUAGUGACAUAUCUAGCGACUUUUCGGUCAAAGGUACUUUCCAUAGAAGAGAAUGGCCAGUACUACCCGGUGAGUGUGAGGUCCUGCUUUCCCCCCGGAGACACGCCUCUCUCUGCUGCUACUCUGUUCAGUGAGGGGCAGAGAGGAGCAGCACAUUCAUUCACUUUUAACUUUCUCUGAGAGAUUAUUUUAUAUGGAAAUAUAGCACGAAAUCACAGUGCACCCAUUGUCUUUAACUUAUGUGUAUGGUGGUUUAGUCAGAUGACGUCAUGGUUAUAAAAUCAGGAUUUUAGCAGUGCAGAGCAGCAGCUUGGAAAAGGUUUGAAAGUGACUGCUGGUGAACAUGUAGUGUCUUAUUGGGCCGUGGUUCAGUCACUAUUUCAUACUCGUUCUGGUGUAUGAUUACACCGUUACUCGGCUAUAAAGGGCUGAUAUUAGGCAGAAUGAAAAUACGAUUGCUAAUAUGCUAAUUAGCGCAUGACAUCAUCUAGAAAUGUGUGGACACAGUGCUCCUGUCACUCACUUGGAGUAUUUUAACAUUAUGGUGAAGAUGAAGCAAUGCCUGGGAAAUACAAAUUUAGUCCAUCGUGGCUGGGAAAAGGACCUAAAUAAAAUUGGCUGUUUAAAAAAAAAUUAUUAUUAUUAUUAAUAAUAUUUUUUGGAAUUUAAAAAAAGAAAUAAAGAAUAUGUUUUAAUGACAUCUCUUGUAUAGUCGGUGAAAACAAAAGCAUACACAGUACUUGAAAAGUCCUUGAAAGUCCUGGAAUUUCAUUAUGAAGCAUCUGUACGGACUCUGUUACUAUGUACUAUGUGAUUGAUGUAUUAAACAUGCCUCUUGAUUUCUGGGUUUAGCAUAGUUAUACCUCGGUUUGAGUUUAAAGCAAUAGCUAGAUUUUCUGGUAGAGUAAUGUUAGUUAAGUUUCUCUCACAAAUAUGAUUGAGUAGAUAAAGUAUAUUCAGUAGACUUUCUGGGAAAGUGAGAAUUUCUAGGUUAACAUAAUAACACAAAACACUCAAAUUAUCCUGGUUGUAAGAACAGUUUUCACUGCAGAUAUAUCAUCAGCUUUAUUGAACAAUACUCAGAAUCCUUGUCACCUCCCAGCCAACCAAUCAUCACAGUCAUGAUGAAUUUUUGUAUGGUUGGAAGCAUGUUUAAAACACAGAAAGUGCUGAGAUCAUGUAAGAAUGAGGUUUUACUCACUGGCUAAAUGUGUUCACUUUAAAAUUUGUUCCUUCCCUUAAACAUUGACCUGUUUGAGAAUUUCAAAUGUUUGUAUGAUUCUCAGUACAGCACAUUACCAAUUAUUGGUAAAUGGGCUUUUUAUUUAUUUGUUUGUUUGUUUGUUUGUUUGUUUACUUAUGUGAGACAAUUAUGGGAUUGUCUAUUUAAUACAUGUUCUUUUUUUAUGCUUUUACAUGAUUUUAUCUUAUUUGGCGCAUCCUUCCUCAUUCCCUUAAAUCAACAUUUCCCAUUGUUAGUAUCAGAAUCUUAUUUAACAUGCUAUAUAUUCAAUAAUCUGUAACUAAGACUCAAUAAAGAAAUUCUCAUUACACAGAGUGUGCAGAAUGUUUCUGAAACACUUCAGCCUAUGAUUAGCCAUGGAUUCCUGGGAGGACACUGUAGCAGUUUCUGAGGAUUUCUUCUUACCACACCACUGUAAAAACAACAACAACAACAACAAAAAACAACAACAACAAAAAACCCCAUUAAAUACUUGCUUCUUCUUCUUUUAAUUUGAUUGUCAGUGCUCAACUCAAAUCAACAGCAGAAUUAUUACAAAUAUCAGGAAUGAUUGUGUCUGAAAUAAACC